CAACAACAUCCAUCUCGGGCGGUUUGCAUUGUUUGCCAUGGGGGCGGGCAGUAACUACUAGUAGUAGUAUGACAUAACCGCCGCGGGUUUCAUUCAUCCCUGCCCUGCUGCUCGACAUCUCCACCACCACCACCAUGGAGCGUCCUUGCAUGGCGAUCCGCCCCUCUCUCCUUUUUCGAAGAUGGCUCUGCCAUUCACUCAACUUUCGCGUACCGAGUCCAUCGCUGUUAGUCCGACCACAGCUCAUCUCCCCGCAUGCACGCCGCACCCACGCUCAUGAGUAUGCCACUCUCCACGAUGAAAACGCCGGAGGAGCCGACUCAAGAGCCCCUCAAGCGCAUCCGCUCUCAGGCUAUUACCACGACAUUCUCUCCACUCGCUCUCCCUACGGGGAUCCAGUGAAACCUACGCACCAGCCCGAACAGCCCACACAACCGGCGCCGCCCGAGCCGCAAACACCGCAGGACAAAAUGUCGAUCGUCUUUGGUACUCGACUGGCAGGUCCUGGCCGCACGUCUCGUUACAACCCCGGCUCAACGCCAGACGCGGUAUGGAAGACUAUAAAUGGAGUCGCGAUCCCGCCGCGGCCGGAGGAGCCCGACAAUUGCUGCAUGAGUGGCUGUGUCCACUGUGUAUGGGAUGACUACCGUGACGAGCUUGAGGAGUGGGCUGCAAGACUGGACCAGGCGAAAACAAAGCCUGUCACGCAAAGUCACGCUACGGAUCUGCGGCACACCCCGAGGGCUGAAGUCGCUACAGCCAGCAGAAGCAUGGAGGACGACGGUGGUGGCAGUGAGACGAAUUGGUCGCCACCGGAUUCGAGCGAAGAUUUGUUCGCCAAUAUACCCGUUGGGAUCCGGGAAUUCAUGAAGACAGAAAAGAAGUUGAAGCAAAGACAUCAGGAGGAGGGCCACACAUGAGGAACCGCUUCAAUUUUAUUAUUUACGACUACGCCGUGUCGCACAAGCUCGGUAGAAUCAGUUGGUGGCGGUGACCGUGGACCCUGUUUGUACAUAGAAGGAUAGAUAGACCAUUAGGUGUAGGAUAUAUAUAUCGGGCGAUUUGGUCGGGGACUUGAAGAUAUGCCGGGGUUCGGUUCGUUCCUCGAAGGUGGGGGUGGGUAAAUGAGAAUGCGACAAGCCGAUAAGGCAAGCGGUACGGAAUAUACCCGGGCUCGAUACGCUCUGCCACUCUGUUCCGCCUUGCUAUCGCAAA